AUGAACAGCCAGCACAGCAAGGAGCGUUGGGUCUGCGACGAGUGCACUUUUGAGAGUGCUCAAGACGACGAAUUCAUCUUUGACAAUCAACAGCGCUGGGAGAGCCAUAUGAGAUCUUCCCACCAGUGCUCCGAUGAUCUUCUGACAUUCCUUGGCAGCAUGAGCAAGAGAACACUUUCUGAGUUGGCGGAGUGUCCUCUUUGCAAGCGGCCGCCUCGGCGCAUGAGGCCAGAUCAAGACGACCACAUCGCCGAGCAUCUGCAUUCAUGGGCGUUGAGAGCUCUUCCGUGGAACCUGAGCCCCAACGACGAAGUGUCCUGUGAUUCUCCCAACGCGGGUUCUGGCAGCGAAAUUGCGAGAAGUGACAUGGUAGAAGACGAAGACAAUAGCAAGGCUGCAACGAUAUCAGAGACAAUCGAGCGUGAGAUCACUCACUGGAAACACGAGAAUCACAUCCCAGUCGGUCAGCGUUCAAACCGACUUCACACCCUAACCAAUGACCUUCGAGAUAUUCUCUUGAAAUGGAUAGCUCGAACUCGACUUGAUACGCAGAACGAGAAGGUCCUACACCACCUCAUGAGUAUCAACCAGACCAGGGCCCAGCUUUAUUGUGCGUCGCAGGCAGACAUGGAGGGAAAUGAAUUCACUGCGCAACAACUGGACGAUAUAGAGGCUAAUCUGUGCGAGACCAUCGAACUUGGCAUAGAAUACAUGAACGAGGCAUUCGGAGAAGAAGACCGAAACCGAGCCCCGGACCCUGGACCCUCCCAUGAUUCCGUCAAGGCAUUCGGCGAAGAAGAUCGAAACCGAGGCCCGGACCCUGGGCCCUCUCAUCGUUCCGUCAGGGCAUUCGGCGAAGAAGACCGAAACCAAGGCCCAGACCCCGGACCCUCCCAUCAUUCCGUCAAGCCUGCUACCAAGGCCAAGUCCAGCUCCAGCUCCCGCUCCAGAAUAGGUUUGAGCUUCAUCUUCGUGGUAAACAGGCUAGCGUUCUACGAUCCAGACUCACCACUCGAUUGGUGCAGGGACAAGUGGAUGAAUGUCUUGCCGCCGAAAGACCUCUUUGGAUACAGUACGGAAUACCCAAGCCGCGUGAUGAGAUAUUACGAUGGAGCGGUGACUCCGGCUGACGACUACAUCUGGUACCGCCCCAACUGGAACCAGCCGGGAUACAUACUCCAGGACGCGGGGGAUGGGGUCAUGAUCCACGCAACGGAUGUCAGUUCACGUGCCGUGUUCGCGUGCAACCCCCAUUUGCCGAUAGUGGUGAUACCCGAGGACCCGACGACGAACGUCUUAUCAAAUCAGAAGAAGAUUAUGCACGCGCUUCACUUUGCCCACACACAUAAUGCGGAGGGCAUAUCAUUCGCUACGAUGGGUAUGGACCAUGUUCCGCCUUCAUGGGACAUGCUUGUGAGGCACCUUAAUGGGCGAGGGUCGCGCCUGAUUCCAAGCCUUGUGCCACCUACAUACGCGCCGUCGAGUCCACCGGCGCGGCAAUCGCGAGGACUCGCCGGUGACCUAGGUGUUCUCUUAGGGAUGAUGGCAUUCAGUCGGGAAAACGUUGAUGAAGUCUUCUUGGGCAGGCACGCCCUGUGGCGAAGCAGGGUCUGGCUCGGCGGUGACCGUUCUCCUAAGCUCUACCCAAAGGAUGUCGUCACUCCCCCGGUCGGGUUCUUAGUCGUUAUUUGUCUGGACCCAGAGAACCCGGAGUCGACACCCGAGCGGCUGCACGACUUUCAGUGGGGUGGGAGCACCAUCGUGAAGGAGCCGAGCUCGUCGAGCUCGUCGCGGCGAUGACUAGUAAUGUUGCUGUUUUCGCGCCCUCCUUCGCCUUGGAGAACGUAAGACCUGAC